AUGAAAAAAACUUCCUUAACUGAAUUCAUUGGUACUGGAAAGGAGUUGUUACUCUCUGAACUUCCAACAUAUAGAGACACACUUCGACAUGCAGUUCUAUUAAGAGAACAGUGUGAUAAAAACUCCAGAACUUUUUUAAUAAAAGAUAUGGCAAAAAAGCUCGAUAAGUUGUUUGGUAUUUUAAAUUGUAAGUGUCAAAUUUCUUAUUGUAAUGAAUUUGGAUGCAAAGUUGUUUGUAAACAACAAGCCCACAUUACAUGCAACUGCUCUAAGGAGUUUAAAAUUCCUAUUAUAGACAUUUUUUAUAUUAAAACUGAAAGAGAUAAAGUUGGUGCUAGAGGAUUGCUUCAAAAAUCUUCCAAAGAUUUGCCUGAAUACAACAAACAAGUUAAAACAUUACAUAAUCAUUCUAUUAAAGAAGCUUUUAAGAGAAAAAGGGAAGAGAGCAUAACAACAAAUAAAAUUUUAAGCAAUGAUUUUUCAAUGACUGAAGAUGAACUCUUUUACGAAGAAUUCAACUUAAGUUAUUCGAAAAUAAAAAAGUCUAAAUAUAAUACUAAAAGUAUUCGAAAUGUCGCAAUAAAUAGCCUUAGAUACGGAGUUUCUUCUAGAGCUGCUGCAGCUUUGACGACAGCUGCCUGGAUUGAUGCUGGAUUAAUUUCUGAGAAAGAUACACAGUUUAUUGUCGAUCAUCAAAAAAUUGCAAGAGCUCAAGCUAAAAUCAUGAUUGAAUUAAAAAAUGAAACGUUAAAAUCUAUAUACAAUCGGAAUAUCAAUUGUAUUUUGUUUGAUAGUAGAAAAGACAUUACAAAAGUAAAAUUAGAAGUAGAAGGAUUCAGUAACUAUUUUCCCGUAUCUAUUAACGAAGAACAUUACACUACAUGCAUGGAACCAGGUGGCAAAUUUUUGUUUCAUUUUACACCAAAAAAAUCAACUGAAGAAGAAAAACAUGCCGAUAUAGUAACCAACCAUUUAGUUGAAUGGAUGAUUCAACAUGGUGUUGACAAAUCAAUACAAGCAUUGGGCGGUGAUUCAACAAAUGUGAAUACUGGAUGGGAAAAAAGUGUCAUACAGUUUGUAGAAUUAAAACUUAAUAAAAGGUUGAACUGGCUAAUAUGCGCUCUUCAUACUAAUGAACUACCACUCAGACAUCUAAUAGUUGAAUUAGACGGAAAAACACUUUCAAACAAUAAAUGGUCUGGUGAAUUAGGAAAACUGCUGGAUACGGUAACAGAUCUGGAUGCAAACAAAAACUUUGAAAAAAUUACUUUAGGUGAACCACUUAUUGUUUUGCCAGGCAAAAUACUUAAGGACCUUUCGACUGAUCAGGCUUACGGGUACAGAAUUGUAACAGCAAUAAGAUCUGGAGUGUUACCAGAAAAUUUAAUAAACCUUGAAAUAGAACCUGUUUCUCAUUCCAGAUGGCUCACUACAGUUAACCGUUUUUGUAGAUUGUGGGUUUCAAUUCAUUUUCUAACAGGAUAAAACUAUAGAAAAAUAAUUCAGUAAGAAUUCGCAAAACCCCAUGCAUUAAUACUGAUGCUGAUAAUUUGACCAAUCUAAUUGAGUGGAAAGAUUCAAUAUACGAACCACUACUUACCACAAGCCUCACAACCCAUAAAGUCAGAAAAUUUUUCCAAAAGCCUAUGGUUGUUCCAGAAUGGCCAUGCUAUUCCUAAUCUGUCGAACGUUGUGUUAAACAGGUUUCUAUUUUAUACAAUUACGAGACUAUAAUAACUCAUUUAAAAUCUUUUAAUAACUAAACUGUUUAAAUGUUUAAUAUAAUUAACAGAGGCUUGUGCCAAAACAUAUUCCCACGAGAAGCGAGAAGGAUAUAUACGAGCACAAGAAAUCAGUAGGGGUUUUAUGAGCAAAAACAAUGCUAAAUAUAACUUAGUUUGACUCACAAAUUUUAAAUAAAAUUUAUAAAUUAUUAAUUGCUAAUUAUAUUUAAAUUUUAAUAA